GAGCGGCGGCCGCGCGUGAGGCCGAGGGAGGGGCGGCGGCGCGAGCGGCGGCGGCGGCGGUUCCAGCAUGAAGAGGAGAGCUGGCCUGGGGGGCAGCAUGAGGUCAGUGGUGGGCUUCUUGUCCCAGCGGGGCUUGCAUGGGGACCCCCUGCUCACUCAGGACUUUCAGAGGAGACGCCUGCGGGGCUGCAGAAACCUCUACAAGAAGGACCUCCUCGGCCACUUCGGCUGUGUCAAUGCCAUUGAAUUCUCCAACAAUGGAGGCCAGUGGCUGGUCUCAGGAGGAGACGACCGCCGGGUUCUGCUAUGGCAUAUGGAACAAGCUAUCCACUCCAGGGUCAAACCCAUACAACUGAAAGGAGAACACCAUUCUAACAUUUUUUGCCUGGCUUUCAACAGUGGAAAUACCAAAGUGUUCUCUGGAGGAAAUGAUGAGCAAGUUAUCCUCCAUGAUGUUGAAAGCAGCGAGACCUUGGAUGUGUUUGCUCAUGAAGAUGCAGUAUAUGGCUUAUCAGUGAGCCCAGUAAAUGACAACAUUUUUGCCAGCUCUUCAGAUGAUGGUCGGGUUCUCAUUUGGGACAUCCGGGAGUCUCCCCAUGGAGAGCCCUUUUGCCUGGCAAACUACCCAUCAGCCUUUCACAGUGUCAUGUUUAACCCUGUGGAGCCCAGAUUAUUGGCCACAGCCAAUUCAAAGGAAGGAGUGGGACUCUGGGAUAUUCGAAAACCUCAAAGCUCUCUCCUGCGUUAUGGUGGCAACCUAUCCCUCCAAAGUGCCAUGAGUGUGCGAUUCAAUAGCAAUGGGACCCAGCUCCUGGCCCUGCGUCGACGCCUGCCCCCUGUGCUUUAUGACAUCCACUCCCGCCUGCCGGUGUUCCAGUUUGACAAUCAGGGUUACUUCAACUCAUGCACCAUGAAAAGCUGCUGUUUUGCUGGAGAUCGUGACCAGUAUAUCCUUUCAGGCUCUGAUGACUUCAACCUGUACAUGUGGAGAAUUCCUGCAGAUCCAGAAGCAGGUGGCAUUGGCAGGGUGGUCAAUGGAGCCUUCAUGGUGCUGAAAGGGCAUCGUUCUAUUGUUAACCAGGUCCGAUUUAAUCCCCACACCUACAUGAUCUGCUCUUCUGGUGUAGAAAAGAUUAUCAAGAUCUGGAGCCCAUACAAGCAGCCAGGAUGUACUGGAGACCUGGACGGCCGAAUUGAGGAUGAUUCCCGCUGCCUCUACACCCACGAAGAGUACAUCAGCCUUGUGCUGAACAGCGGGAGUGGCCUGUCGCAUGACUAUGCCAACCAGUCGGUCCAAGAAGACCCCCGGAUGAUGGCUUUCUUUGACUCCCUGGUACGCCGAGAGAUUGAGGGCUGGAGCUCUGACUCAGACAGCGACCUCAGUGAGAGUACCAUCCUUCAGCUGCACGCAGGGGUCAGCGAGCGCUCGGGCUACACUGACUCUGAGUCCUCAGCCUCACUGCCCCGCUCCCCACCUCCCACAGUAGAUGAGUCUGCUGACAACGCCUUCCAUCUGGGGCCCCUGAGGGUCACCACUGCAAAUGCAGUGGCAUCCACCCCACCAACACCCACAUGUGAGGAUGCAGCCUCUCGCCAACAGCGCCUGUCUGCUCUGCGGCGCUACCAAGACAAACGCCUCCUGGCCCUGUCCAACGAGUCUGAUUCUGAAGAGAAUGCCUGUGAGGUUGAACUGGACACAGAUCUCUUCCCCCGGCCACGAUCACCUAGCCCUGAAGAGGAAUCCAGCAGUUCCAGCAGCUCCAGCAGCUCAGAGGAUGAGGAGGAGCUGAAUGAACGCCGAACCUCCACCCGGCAGCGGAACGCCAUGCGUCGGCGACAAAAGAUGCCCCGAGAAGAGAGGCCCAGUGCCCCGACCAAGCCCACCACCACCUACAUUGGAGAAGACAACUGUGAUUACCCUCAGAUCAAAGUGGAUGACCUUUCCUCCUCCCCUACCUCCUCCCCUGAGCGGAGCGCUUCCACUCUGGAGAUUCAGCCAAGCCGGGCCUCACCAACUUCUGACAUAGAAUCAGUUGAGCGAAAGAUUUAUAAAGCUUACAAAUGGCUUCGCUACUCCUAUAUCUCCUACUCCAAUAACAAAGAUGGAGAGACUUCCCUGGUGACAGGAGAGGCAGAUGAAGGGAGAGCAGGAACCAGUCACAAAGACAACCCAGCACCUUCCUCCAGUAAGGAAGCCUGUCUAAACACAGCCAUGGUCCCAAGGAACCAGGACCUGCCACCUGAAGGCUGCAGUAAGGAUGCUUUUAAAGAAGGAACUUCCACUAGAAAUCCCAGCAGUGGCCCAGGCCAUGAGCACAGCAGCCAACCUUGGACCGAGGCACCAGAGGGUACCUCUCAGGACACUAACAAUGGUGGCUCUGUAGAACACUCUUUUGAAACCAAGAAGCUUAAUGGAAAGGCCCUGAGCAAGGCCCUGAGCAGCCGGGCUGAGGAACCACCCUCUCCUCCUGUACCCAAGACAUCUGGCUCCACUCUCAACAGUGGGUCUGGAAACUGUCCGAGGACCCAGUCUGAUGACAGUGAGGAGAGGAGCCUCGAAACCACCUGUGCCAACCACAACAAUGGACGCUUGCACCCCCGGCCCCCUUACCCCCAUAACAAUGGGCAGAACUUUGGGGAGCUAGAGGUGGUGGCGGCCUACUCUUCCCCAGGACACUCAGACACUGACCAUGAUAACUCGUCCCUGACAGGGACACUCCUACACAAAGAUUGUUGUGGGUCUGAAAUGACCUGUGAGACUCCCAGUGCUGGAACAAGAGAGGACCCCACUGACACCACAGACAGCAGCAGGGCUGUUCAUGGCCACAGUGGCUUCAAAAGGCACCGAGUUGAAUUGGAAGACACAGAUUCAGAGAAUUGCUCCUCAGAGAAGAAAUUAAAAACAUGAUAAAUACAAAGGGAAAAAUAGCUACAAAAAGUAGCCUUA